AUGUCGGCGGAUACUAGGAUGACACUGAAGAUACUGUACUCCUUGGACAACGGGGCUGCUGGCAGCUACCUGGCGAGGUCCAAGACACCGCACCUGGUGAAAGUGCUGAAUAUACCAGACCCGAAUGCGGUUCCCGUGGGCAGGAUGGUCACGGAGGGCGAUGGGAUGGCUAUGCUGAGAGUUGGCGCUGUGCACAUAUCGAGCGUCUUGCAGGAAAUCUACAAUAACUCCCCGGAAGUGCUCAGCGCUCUGGACUCCGGGUGCGGACAGGACUAUAACUUGUACUACAGAGAUAUAUGCGAGACGGACGAGCCGCUGGUGAGUCUGGGCUUGCUGUCGCAUAUAAGGAAGACAGUAGACUCUGAUAGGAAAGAGCUGGCGGGCAAUGACGCGGACGAGGACUUGGACGAGGACUUCGUGGUCACGGGCAGAGUGUGUUCAAACCUGUCGGCACUGUUGAGGAGGUCUUACAGCGGGAUGUCCAAAAAGGUGUCGAGCACACCCCAGGAAACACUUGAAGUGAAACUGAGAUUUACCAAGAUAUACAACACAGCGUCUUUGAAGCCAGAUAAUGAAGUCAAGGUACGAAGAGUGACAAAGGAGCCAUCCUUACCACAACCGAAGGUGGUAGAGACCACACCUAUUGUGAAUCAACCAAAACAAGUCAUUAAUAGAAACAAAGGCAGAGUAGUAACGAAACAUGUACAACAGAUGAAUGCACCACCCUUGGGUGCCGCUAAUGUAAACACUAACAGAAGACAAACAAACCCCAUGCCAGCUCCAAAGGCCAAAAGAACACAGUCCUUGCCAAUAUGGAAUUUGAAACCUGGCGGAUCAAAUAACUCCUAUUUGAAAAACUCUAUUGCUCACAAAAUAUACAUGGCGGAUAGACAACUUGACAAUAGCUCAAAUACAACUACUGUGUCCAACUCGGUAGCUGAACAUGAAAGCAAACCUACUGAUGAUGAUAAAGUGAGUAAACGGUUCGAUUUUAUGCUUUCCAAGAAGAAGGGCAAUAGUGGCAGCAAGAACGUAACAAAGAAAAGUUCCUCGAAUUCAAAGAAGACCACUGAAAAGGAUAACCAGUCUCAGAAUAAAAGCGUAAAAAAGGCAAAAGCAAAGACUACCGAGUUCCGGAAGCCAAGUCUAAGUAUUAAUCAAGACUUUAAUCUUCCGUAUCCUAAUUUAUUGGGUGAAACAACUCCACAAGCUGACUUGUUUAUUAAUAAUAAAAUUAAUGAUGAUAUAAAUGACAAGGAAAACAUACCUCCACAUUCUGAUAGUGAUAAUUAUGAUAUCAGUAGUGAACUGGAUAUGAUUGCCUUUGAUAAUAUGACGAUGAAGGGUGAUAUGAAUUGGUUAAAUACUUAUGACGCAUUUGAAUAUCAAAAUGCCCACUUGAAUUUACAAAACAGUAAAGGGUUUAACUCUACACCACAGGAUGCAAACACCUGUAAUACCGUUAAUAUUGAGAAUGAUGAUGAUGACGAGAUCAGUGCUGGAACCAGGAUGGAUGAUGUAAACAUUAAUAGUGAUGGUUACAGGAGCAAAUCUAGUGCUUAUGCCCAAACUGAUAUUGACAAAACCUCUCCUAUUGAUAACAUGUCUGGUUCAGCUAUUACGAAUCUUAACAGAAACAGUACAGACGUGGAUAAAAAGGACAAGAAUAAGAUGGUUUUGAAUAUUGAGGUUGACGAUGAUGAUGAUGACGAUGAUAAUAUGAAUGCCAACACAACUUCAGCGGCUGCUAUGAACUCCACACCUAUCGAGCAAAGUACGAUUAGAAAGGUGUCGACAACUAGAAGAAGUAUAUCGACCAUUCAAGAAGAAGAUCAAGAUGAGGCUGAUGAGGAUAAAAGAAUGUCAAAGAAGAGAAAGACUAUACCGUCAUCACCUUCUAUGAUGUUUAGCUAUCAUGAUGGUAGUCCAAGCUCCGAAAUAACAAAUGAGCUUUUUACCUCGUUCAUAAAUAAUGGAAUCGAAGGCGAAGAAGAUAAUCAAGACACACCUGCAACUAUUUGUCCAUCAAGUGACCCAGCUAUUGGUCAGAAAGAAACCCCAUUGGUCUAG